UGGAAAGCCCGGUGCAGCGGCCCCCUGGUGAUGGCAUCCGACAGUGACGUGAAGAUGCUGCUAAACUUCGUGAACCUGGCGUCCAGCGACAUCAAGGCGGCCCUGGACAAGUCCGCGCCCUGCCGCCGCUCCGUGGACCACCGCAAGUACCUGCAGAAGCAGCUCAAACGCUUCUCCCAGAAGUAUUCCCGGCUCCCGCGGGGCCUCCCCGUUAGAGGGGCCGAGCCUCACCUGAAAAGGGGACCCGAGGACCGGCCCGGGAGGCUGCUGCCCCUCGAAUCUGGCCACGGUUCCAGCCCCGGCGGGGGUGGGGGCUGCAAGGAGAAGGCGUUGGGGAACCCGGACCGGGAGGAAAGCCUCUCUAAGGAGCGGACCCUCCAUGGGCUGGAUCCAGGAGCUGCCAGGCCUGGCCAGGUGCCCAUGAGGAAAAGACAGCUGCCUGCUUCCUUCUGGGAAGAGCCACGGCCCACCCACAGCUACCCUGUGGGGCUGGAGGGGGGCCUGGGACCCCGGGAGGGACCUCCCUACGAGGGUAAGAAACACUGUAAAGGCUUGGAGCCCCUGGGGCCCGAGACCGCCCCGGUGCCCGCCUCCCCCAGGGCACCGGCUGAGAAGGAGCCGCUCAAGAUGCCCGGGGUCUCCCUGGUGGGCCGCGUCAGUGCCUGGAGCUGCUGCCCCUUCCAGUACCAUGGACAGCCCGUCUACCCAAGCCCUCCCGGCGCCCUGCCCCAGAGCCCGAUGCCCAGCCUGGGCCUCUGGCGGAAAAGCGCGGCUUCCCCCGGCGAGCUGGCCCACUUCUGCAAGGACGCGGAGGGCCCGGGGCAGAAAGUGUACAGACCUGUGGUUCUAAAACCCAUCCCCACCAAACCGGCUGUGCCCCCACCCAUCUUCAACGUCUUCGGCUAUCUCUAG